GGGUGAUCUCUCGGCGCCAUCUCUCAUGCUCCUCUCUUCCUCUCGGCACUCUCCUCGUACUAUAUAACCAUCGUCGGCUGUGUUGAGCGCGCUUGCCCUUCCUUCCCGCCAUGUAUUCUCUCUCCCUUUUCUCGGUUCUCUGCGCGACAGCGGCUCUCGCCCCCACUCAGGUCGCCGCCGGAUCGCUCCACGUUCCCUUGACGCACAGUGCACGCUCGCAGAAGCGCGACUUGGCGUACUACCAGAAGCAGGCAGACCACCUGCGCGGGAAGUACAACUUCUCCAGCGCGAAGGAGGAUAAGCGCUCCAUCGCGGGGGUCGGGAUCACGAACCAGAACGGCGACCAGACGUACUUUGGUGCUGUAGAGAUCGGGACACCUCCUCAAACUUUCAAUGUCGUACUGGACACAGGCUCCUCAGACCUGUGGGUCGCCGACACGGACUGCUCGUCAUGUACAUCCAGCACCCCGCAAUUCGACGCUAGCCAAUCGUCCACUUAUGAAGAAAGUCGUCAGUCCACCACUAUACAAUACGGCUCGGGCGCCGUCCGGGGGACUUUGGCGCGGGACAAGGUAUCUAUUGGCGGUCUGACCAUUGAGGAGCAGGUUUUUCUUUCCGUAUCGCAAACGACGAGCCAACUUCUCGACGGCUCCCUCUCCGGCAUUCUAGGACUCGCCUUCCAGUCUAUUUCAUCCACCCAGUCUACUCCCCUUUGGCUGGCACUGGCCAAUGACAACCAACUCGACGCCCCAGAAUUUUCUUUCUGGAUCAACCGACUUGUUGACGACGCCAGCGCAGAAGAGGAGGCAUUUGGCGGCGUUUUCACUUUGGGUGGUGUUAAUGAGUCGCUCUAUUCCGGUGACAUCGAGUUCCACGACUUGGCGAACCCCAACAACCCAACCUUCUGGCUGUUGACGAUGGAAUCCCUCACUCUGAACGGCAACGAUGUUGCGCUUACGAGCGGAGACGCCCGCCUCAGCGCCAUCGAUACUGGGACGACCCUCAUCGGCGGCCCUACCGACGAUGUGCAGGCAUUCUGGGAGGGCGUUGAGGGCAGCAACCCGAUAGAAAGCAUGCAAGGCUUCUGGUCUUUCCCGUGCGAUACUGAUCUCAACGUCGAGAUGUCCUUCGGGGGCAAAUCGUGGCCUAUCGACUCUGCGGACAUGAACCUCGGCCGCGUCUCCCGCGUCAGCAAUGACUGCCUUGGGGGUAUCUUCGACCUUACCCAGGGAAGCAGCAUUGUCAGCGGCGGCGGUAAUCCGAACUGGGUCGUCGGCGACGUCUUCUUGAAGAAUGUGUACUCCGUCUACCGCACCGAGCCUAGCCCCUCAGUCGGUUUCGCUGCAUUGUCAUCCAACGCAGGCGCAUCUGGCACACCGGCAGGAACUGGCUCCAGCAGCACCAGCUCCUCCGGAUCAGGCAGCAGCAGCGGCUCGGGGAAUAACGGUGCAUCGCGCGCAAUUGCCGUCGGCCCAGCCUUCGCCGCCGGCGCAGCUUUGGUGGCAACGUUCAUGGUGCUAGUGAGGUGAUGAAGCGAGCGAUCGUGUUGUUUGUCUAACAGGACUGUACGAGCACUUGAUUUGUGGACUAUAUCUAUGCAGGGAUUUAUUGUUACCUAAAGGUCCUUUCUGGCGCAUGUCCUAUAA